GACCGGACACCUGGAACUUUUCAGAGAGCAGCGCUGCGCAUCGGUGUUCUUCCACAGUCUGCUCCGUUCCUCACCGUGCCAUCGGUGCGCAAACUUCGGUGACUCUCAGGCAGUCAUGCUGUACAAGUUCCUGUGAGUGAAGACAGCAGAGUGGGACUCAAGAAUUUCGGUCCUCAUGAGAGGGACCAUGCAAGGGCAACAGAACAGAGGACUGACCACUCUGAGGCUGCUGCUGCUGCUCCUCUGCCUCUCCCUCACCAUCCUCACCUCAGGAGUGGAGGCGGGUGGGAAGAAGCACAGCGGCCCCUGUGGAGGAAGAGAUUGCAGCGGAGGCUGUAAAUGUUUCCCAGAGAAGGGUGCUAGGGGUCAGCAUGGGCCUCUUGGUCCUCAGGGUAUACAAGGACCUCUUGGGAAAAAGGGUGAUUCUGGCAUCCAAGGACAUAAAGGACAUAAAGGUGACAGUGGCCAACAUGGUGUCAUCGGCCCCAAAGGCAGUGUGGUAAAUUUUGGUUCUAUGUUCACUCUGCAGGGCCACCCUGGACAAGCUGGGCCCAGGGGGAAGCCAGGUGCAGAUGGCUGUAACGGAACCAAGGGAGAACCUGGUUUCCCAGGUCAACCUGGUUUUCAUGGCCCUUCAGGUUUUCCUGGACAAAUAGGCAGGAAAGGUGAUAAGGGGGACUCAUUGGAGCUGAGUGUGUACAUGGAACGUUUCAGGGGAGAUUCAGGCACUCCAGGAAGUCAUGGGAUAUAUGGACCUCCAGGAAAUCCAGGCUGGCCUGGUAACAGAGGAACUAUGGGACCAAAAGGUCCUCCAGGGCCUCCAGGUCCACCUGGACCAAAGGGCACCAAUGCCAAAGUGAUUAAAGGAAACAAAGGAGAACAAGGGGACACCGGACCACCUGGCCUGCCAGGAAACUCUACUCAUCCUCAUACUCUGCCCCCCCAAGGACCUACUGGAGAGAAAGGCCAGAAAGGAGACAGAGGAGACCACGCAGAAAACGUUGGAGAAAUUGGUGUGAUGGGACCCCCCGGACCACGGGGCACAUUUGGUUUAGAUGGACCUCCUGGACCAAGGGGGGAUCCUGGUGAAGAUGGGUUAAUUGGCAGAGUGGGGCCAAAGGGAGCCAUCGGGGAGCCAGGAUUACUGAUUUCAUCUGGUUGGCCUUUUGGGGGACAAUCUGGUCCACCUGGCGAACCAGGUCCAGAUGGAGAUAGAGGCCCAAUAGGAGAUCAAGGCCCCCCUGGAAGCCCAGGACGUCCUGCCUCUGCUUCACAAGUACAAGUGUUUGAAUUAUUUGGACCCUUUGGUUUUCCGGGUGAGAAAGGAGACAAAGGCCUUCAGGGUGAACCAGGAAUUCCCGCUGUCACUGCAGGACCUCCUGGAGCCAAUGGACGGCCAGGGGCCAGAGGACCUCCAGGACCUGAAGGAACAUGGCUUGAGUUUUUCAAGGGAGCUCCAGGUGUAAGAGGAAGACCCGGCAACGCUGGCUUUAAAGGACCAAAAGGUGAACAUGGGGAGUGUGAGUGCAGUAUUGUCCACUCUCCGUCGGGACCACCUGGUCCUGUUGGUGAGCGUGGGGAUGCUGGAAUGUCUGGAGAAUUUGGGCAGGAGGGUGAUGUAGGAGACCCUGGUGUCCCCGGCGAUGAAGGGUUCCCUGGCUCUCCUGGAAUUAGUGGGUUACCUGGUCCUAAAGGCCAGAAAGGAUACUCAAGUGUGGCCAAUCAGAAAGGAUAUCCUGGAGAUCAAGGACAACCUGGAUUGGAUGGUCAGCCAGGUUCCCAGGGUGCUCCAGGCCUCAAUGGGGUUCCUGGUCUCCCUGGUAGCAGAGGUCUUCCGGGAGAAGGUCUCUGGGGACAACGUGGAGAAAAAGGUUUUCCUGGUCUUCCUGGCCGCCCUGGUGUACCCGGGGUCACAGGAGACCCUGGCUUGGUACUGGGGGCUCUAAAAGGCCAGCGUGGUCUACCUGGUGAUGAUGGUCUUGCAGGCUUUCCUGGAGUUCCUGGAACACCUGGCAGUCCAGGGGACUGUAGACCGACUGCAGAUGGAGGACAGGUGGAUGUAACAGGUAGUCCUUGCAGUGCAGAUCCAGGACCUCCUGGACCACCUGGACUUCCAGGACCAGAAGGACUACCAGGUUUCCCAGGACUGAAUGGUCAAAGAGGACCACAAGGUUCAUUAGGAAUAUCUGGAGAAAAAGGAGAAGUUGGAGAGCAUGGAAUAGGUGGCCAGACUGGACCCCCAGGUUUUCCUGGUCCUCGUGGAGACCUGGGAGUUCCUGGAAGCAAAGGCUCCGUUGGAAACCCUGGUUUGCCUGGUGUUAAUGGACGGCACGGGUCACAAGGCGAGAAGGGGUUUCACGGGGACAUCUUAGGAGCAUCACCCGGACCCCCUGGUGACCCUGGUCUCCCUGGGUUUCAGGGUAAUAAAGGAGAACAGGGUGAUCAAGGAAAGCAAGGUUAUCCAGGAAUGGGCGGCAUGCCUGGUAUGAUUGGCUAUAAAGGAGAACGUGGACCUGAAGGCCUGGAGGGAGAGGAAGGGAGGCCGGGGGCAGCUGGCCAAUAUGGCUACCCUGGUAAUCCUGGGCAGGCAGGUCCACCUGGACCUCAUGGUGCUUUCGGAGGGCCAGGAUUCCCUGGAGAAAGGGGCACUGUGGGAGACCCAGGUCCUCCAGGUCCAAUUGGUUUAAAAGGAAAUCCUGGAGAUUAUGGUAGUGAUGGUGUGAUUGGAGAGUAUGGUACCAGAGGUAACCCGGGACUACCAGGUGUAAAUGGACAGCCAGGCCUUCCUGGAAUGAAAGGAUACAAGGGCUCUGCUGGAAUGUCAGGUUUUGAGGGGAAAAGAGGGAACCAAGGAGUGAAGGGCUUUGGUGGGCUCAAAGGAGAAGAUGGUGUACCAGGCCAACUGGGCCCCAAAGGAAUAUCAGGUCACCAAGGAGAGAAAGGUGAAAGGGGUCUGACUGGACCACCUGGGGAAAAACCAAAAAUCCCUUUGCAGCUUGUGUUUGAAAUGAAGGGUCCGAAGGGGAACCGUGGGAGCAAAGGAAGCAAAGGAUUUGUUGGACCGAGAGGUGAGAAAGGUUUUCCUGGUGUGCCGGGCAGUGAGGGGUAUCACGGUUUGCCUGGAGACCCCAGUCAUGUCAAAGGAAUCCAUGGAGAUCCAGGUGCACAGGGGCUCCCAGGGAUAAAGGGAAUGCCAGGACCUACAGGGAAUCGUGGAAUUUCUGGUUUUCAAGGAAUGAAAGGCAACAAGGGAAUUAAAGGAGGUCCUGGAGCGUAUGGUGCAUCGGGAGAGACAGGAAAACAGGGUUUGAAAGGUGACAAAGGUCCUCAGAUAGACCUACUAGGAGCUACGGGACUGAGGGGGGAGGAUGGUUUUCAAGGAGUGCAGGGCCACAGAGGAUUAAAAGGAUAUCCGGGGGAGACGGGAGCCGUGGGUUUUGAUGGCAUUGAAGGACUGAAGGGAGAAUCAGGUGAUCCUGGAAUACAAGGACCCCCAGGCUCGGUUGGGCAGAGGGGAACUUUUGGUAACCGAGGUCAACAGGGCCUUCAUGGAUUUUCUGGAAAAGAUGGAACUCGAGGCUUAGAUGGGCUUCCAGGAAACAAAGGUUUCCCUGGCUUGAAGGGUCUUUAUGGUCUACAUGGAUUAAAAGGACAAAAGGGUGUCCAAGGAACGCCAGGUCUGGAUAUCGUUGGACCAGCUGGAGAAUCAGGAGCCACAGGAGAAAAAGGAGAGAGCGGUGACCCCAACAGUGAACCAGGUUUUCCAGGAACAGCUGGUUUGAAAGGGUUCCAAGGCCCUCUAGGUGAUCAAGGUCAUCCUGGACUGCCAGGGAUUCGUGGUUCAGUAGGACCAGAUGGAAGCCCAUACAGACUGGGAUCAAGUGGAGACCCUGGCUUUACAGGACCUAGAGGAUUACAAGGAUUCCCUGGACCAAAAGGAUUUCCUGGUGUUGAUGCUCCACCUGGAGAAAAGGGUAUAAUCGGGUUGAACGGAUUUCCAGGAGGUCCCGGUAGGAAAGGAUUCAAAGGAGAUCAAGGUCCAUAUGGAUACAGGGGGUCUAAUGGUGUGUCUGGGAAAAAAGGCAUAAAAGGAGAUCAAGGAGUGAUGGGAAUCCCUGGUAUGAAUGGUUUCAAGGGAGAAAGAGGCUCAGUUGGGUCGAAAGGAGAGUCUGGACCACCAGGUGUUCGUGGAAUCCCAGGCAACCAAGGUCCUCCUGCAAUCCCUGUCACACUUCCAGGGGAGAGAGGCAAUCCAGGUCAACAGGGUAUCCGAGGGCCAGGUGGAGUCAUAGGAGAACCUGGGGUACAGGGUCCUCCUGGUGAUCCUGGUUUCAUUGGACCUUCUGGGUACAAGGGGAUGCCAGGGAUUAGUGGCACACCAGGAACGCCUGGAUUCCGUGGACACAAUGGACAAAUGGGUCAUCCUGGUCUGCAGGGCAUGGAAGGCCAGCGUGGCCAACCUGGGAUCCCUGGGUUACCUGGCAUGCCUGGUCGCAGCGUCAGCGUUGGCUAUUUACUGGUGAAACACAGUCAGUCUGACCACACACCCAUGUGUCCCGUGGGUAUGUCCAAACUCUGGGACGGCUACAGUCUGCUGUACUUCGAGGGCCAGGAAAAGGCCCAUAACCAGGAUCUGGGAUUGGCUGGCUCCUGUCUGCCCAAGUUCAACACCAUGCCCUUCCUUUACUGCAACCCUGGGGACCUUUGUUACUACGCCAGCAGAAAUGACAAGUCCUUCUGGUUGUCAACAACUGCUCCUCUCCCCAUGAUGCCUGUGGAGGAAGGAGAGAUCAAACCGUAUAUCAGCCGUUGCUCCGUGUGCGAGGCUCCGUCGGUUGCCAUUGCAGUCCACAGCCAGGACAUCACCAUACCACAGUGCCCAGCAGGCUGGCGCAGCCUCUGGAUCGGCUACUCCUUCCUUAUGCACACAGCAGCUGGCAGCGAAGGCGGGGGUCAGUCCUUGUCAUCCCCAGGCUCUUGCCUGGAGGACUUCCGCACAUCACCGUUCAUUGAGUGCAACGGUGCCAAAGGAACAUGCCACUACUUUGCUAACAAGAACAGCUUCUGGCUGACCUCUGUGGAUCAGUCCUUCAAUGCUGAACCAUCAGCAGAGACACUUAAAGCAGGCCAGCUCUUGUCACGCAUCAGCCGCUGCCAGGUCUGCAUGAAGAACUUAUAAAAGUUGUCACAGGCAUAAACAGAUUUGACCAUAGACGGUGGUCUAUUAUCGUAGAUCUCUCUCUCUAACAAUGUUACCAAACAAACUAAGGGGAAUUUCAAACAUCAACCUAAUUAAUGUACAUGAAAACUAAACUUUCUCCCCACAGAUUCCAGACAUGUCAUGUAGAUAGAGCCCCGAUUAUGAAGCUAACAGCAUUACGGAAAGGUAUUUUUAUGUUACAUGUAGAUUGGUGCUUACUGUUUAACUUAUUACCUCAGCUUCUAUCCACAUAGAUAAGAGAUCUGAUAUACCGUAAGUUCAGCUAAACCAAAGAUGUCUGUUAAUGCACUGCUUCAGCUUUCUAUGGAUUUUUCUCUUAUUUUUUUUGAAAAAAUAUAUCCCACCGUAAAAACCACUAACUCUGCUUUUCAACCCUUUACAGUGUCUCCAUUAGAGUAUCGACAGUAUUAUCUCUCUUUCAUCCUGUUGUUCUGAAAAACCUGUUUUUAUACCACGUCAGUUUACUUCGUCUCGCUUCUAUCAGCUACUGCAAGAUAGACUGCAGUUUGUGGUUUCUCCCUUCAGCACAUGUUCACACGAUGCACUGAUUUUCUUCGUAUUUAUAUCAGCUGAAUGAACUUGAACCCCUUCACCUGGGAGUUCUUUUUUACAUGUAUAUCUUAUCUAACGUUACGCAUGCUACAGUCAUUUUAUUGAAUUGCAGAUCAGAACGUAAACAGGGUUUGGCUCUAAGGUCUGACCGCAUUACUCACGUUUUAAUUCGACUUCAUCUGCUUCCAUGGAAAGCUUUCAUUCCAUUCUGUUUUAAAUGUAAUGUAAUUAUGUUGUUUUUCAUACCAUGAUAAUGUCAUUGGACUGGAUGGACGUUAGAUUGGAUUAAAUGUGAUUUGUGGUUUUUCUGUCA